UAGUCCCAUUAGUGUUACUUGAUGAAAGACUUCCACACCCAGGGGACGUCCCCUACCUUGGUUGUCCACAGCAAAACCCCAACUUUUUUCCUCCACUACAAUCGAUUGGAACAAGGCGGUGCAUUGUCAGCUCCCAGAUCAAGAAUUCAUCCAACGCUCUCAACGGUCGUUCCGACGCAAAGCCCAUCAUGCCUUUGUUCACAUGAGGCCCAAGCUAGCUUAACGUCCCUUCUCAUCCCAUGAGGUCGCAAUGAGCAGCCUGCGCCAGCAGCAUCAAGGGAGCACCGGCUCGGAACGUGAACUCAACUCAGCAGCUUCCUCCGUCAGCUUGCCCUCAGUCAGGAAGACCCCUAAGAAGCGCCGCCUUUCCCUUCAAGCGCUCUUCGGCCGGCGAUGGCGGUCCGAACGCGAGUCCAAGCGCAAGUCCAAAUCUGCGCCGGAUCCACCUAACCUUGGCACAGAUGGCGUCCCGCCGGAGACUUCAGGCGACGGAGCGUCGGCGCGCUCCGUCCAUGCGGCGUCAACGUCCCCGGCUGCGGGAGGCUCGGAACUGUUGGAGUGCCCGUUGUGCCUGCUGCGCCACACGCGCGACCGUUUCCCCGACAUCAUGACGUGCCACCACCGCUCGUGCGCCGACUGCUUGCGGCAGUACCUGCGCAUCGAGAUAUCAGAGUCGCGCGUCAACAUCUGCUGCCCGGAGUGCUCGGAGCGCUUUAAUCCGCACGACAUCGCCAUGAUUCUGGACGACCGAGCCCUCAUGGAGAAGUACGAGGAGUUCAUGCUACGCAGGUGGCUAGUGGCUGAGCCUGAUUGUCGCUGGUGUCCGGCGCCGGACUGCGGUUAUGCCGUCAUCGCGUUCGGGUGCGCCAGCUGCCCGAAAAUCACGUGCGGGCGCGAGGGCUGCGGGACCGAGUUCUGCUACCACUGCAAGCAGCUGUGGCACCCCAACCAGACGUGCGACACGGCCCGCCAGCAGAGGGCGCAGCAUUUCCGCCUGCGCAGUUUCCGCUCCUCGUCGCUAAGUUACAGCCAAGAGAGCGGCGCCGCCGGCGACGAUAUCAAGCCGUGCCCGCGCUGCGCCGCCUGCAUCAUCAAAAUGAACGACGGCAGCUGUAAUCACAUGACUUGCGCCGUGUGCGGCUGCGAGUUCUGCUGGCUCUGCAUGAAGGAGAUCUCUGAUCUGCACUAUCUCAGUCCAUCCGGUUGUACUUUCUGGGGGAAGAAGCCAUGGAGCCGGAAGAAGAAGAUCCUCUGGCAGCUGGGGACCCUAGUUGGCGCCCCCGUGGGGAUCGCGCUUAUCGCGGGGAUCGCUUUCCCCGCGAUGAUCAUCGGAAUCCCUGUUUACGUGGGCAGGAAGAUCCAUAAUCGCUACGAGGGCAAAGACGUGUCCAAGCACAAGAGGAAUUUGGUGAUAGCGGGCGGCGUGACAUUGUCCAUCAUCGUGUCACCAGCGGUUGCUGCUGUCACUGUUGGAAUCGGCGUACCCAUCAUGCUUGCAUACGUCUACGGCGUAGUACCCAUCUCGCUGUGCCGGAGCGGCGGCUGCGGCGUGUCGGCCGGCAACGGCAAAGGGGUCCGCAUCGAGUUCGACGACGAGAAUGAAAACCUGGGCGCCGGCGCCACAGCAACGGACACGACGUCGGUGGCCGAGACAAGGCUAAACAACGCCAGUUUGGGAGACGGCGCCAGUGUUGGCGGCCUGACUGGACUGAGCCUCAGUGUUAGCGGCAGCCACAUGGAGCGUUGCGGCGUGGGCUCAGCCCAGCGAGACAACAUGAGCGACGACGCUAGCACCACUGCCCUCGCGGGCGCUAGCAUCACCGGCAGCUUGUCGGGGAGCUGCUACAACAGGAUGGAGGUGCAGGCGGACGUCCAGAAGGAGCGCUGUAGUCUGAGCGGAGAGUCUGCAACAGUCAGCCUCGGGACCAUGAGCGACAACGCCAGCACUAAAGCCAUGGCGGGCUCUAUACUCAGUGCCUACAUGCCUCUAGAAAGAGACAACAGUCUGGAAGUGCAAGUGGACGUGGAGUCCAAAGAGGAAAAAGUGCGACACUGCAGUGCAAGCAGCAGCCUGGAUGAAGCCAGCUGCAGCAGCAGAGGAACGUGCGGCGCCAGCGUUGCUUCCCCCGUGGACCCCAACGCGUCAGCGGGGAGCAAGAAAAGCAAAGGGAAGAUGUGGAAACGCGGAGGAGGCAAGGCCGAGUCCAAAGUCAACCACACGCACGGAGACGCCGAACGCCGCAGCACCGUCUCGUCCGAGUUGGACUCGCCGUCGCUGAGCGGGAGUUUGCCGUCGGUGGCCGACUCGCAAGGCAGCCGCUUGUCGGCCGAGCUCAGCGAGACGGAGGCGCCCGCCGUGGCGCCACUGCCCGAAGUUGAGCACGACCGCCUGGAGCAGCUCCCUUCUCAGUCAAACAACGCUUUCCGCCGACUCACGUCAUCGCCUAGCGAGGUUCUGUAUAUCGCCGAGGACCCCACCGACACUCGUGACUGCAUCACAACAGACAUUUAAAAAAAAAAAACUCACAAAUCGUGUCUUAUGUCUCUUUUGGGAUAAACAGGAAGCGGAAUGUCAGCGUUAAUGGCGAAGGAGGUGAUUAGGAAAAGUGGAUAAAGUGAAGGUCAACUUGAAUGUACACAUGCAGGUAACAUGCUUGCUCUUUCACUCAUUCAUUGCUAAUUUUCCCAGUUAAUAGCAGUGAAUGAUGUUAAAAAGCAAGGGUGGAGAUGGAAAAAAAAAAAAAAAAGUCCACCACUGUGCCACACGUUCUUACGGACAGGGACCAUUCAGUAGCACAGUUUUAAGUCAAUACAUUUUUCUUUUUAACACGUUUAUUAUUUUUAUUACGUACGCAGAAAUGCUUUAUUCUGGCUUAUUUUCCAUUUUGGGAAAGUUGAGUUUUUUUAUGUCGCAACCCAGUGUUGGGUCUGAAUUUUUUUUGUAAAAGUUAUCUGAUGAAAUAUUUUACGUUUGGACAAACCUUCCAAGGAAGCUAUGCAAAAAAAUAUGUUCAUUUCACUUAAAAAAAAAAAGGGCAUUUAGUUGCUUCUCAUUUUACCAAAGUUUGGAAUUUUAGUCGAGCAAAGAAAUUGUUCAAAAGAACAAAAAGAUUUAAGUUCCCUCAUUUCUGACGAAGAAUGCAAAAAUCGCGUUCAUUUCCAUUCCCUCAGUGCCUUUUUUGGGGGAAAACUUUACAAGGUUUUUCCUUUUUAAUUCUCAUCAAAUCAUGUUCAAUCCCUGAAUGUCAACAGAGGAAGGAGUGAUUUGUUUUCAUGACAAUUAUACUGGUUUAUUUACAGUCGGGGGGGCAUAUAUUUACUAAUUAUCAGCUUUGUAAUGUACAUCCAAAUAAAAAUGCUCAAAUGAAA